AUGGAAGAUCAAGAAGGCAAAUCGCCGAAACAAGUGAGUUUUUUUAAUCUUCGUAGCAAGAAAAAAUUUAAUUCAAAGUUCAGAAAAAUAAAAUAUGGUAACUGUCUAGUUUUUUAUUCCCUGAACAAUUUAUUAUAUUCUCAUAAACACAAUGAUUAUAAAUUAGAAUUAUAUUUUCAAAAUAAAAAUAAAUAAGUUACAGUAACCUGUUAUCAUUGUAUAUAUUUCCAGACAGCGGCCAUUCCACUACAAUUGUUGCCAUCGGCAACAACAGCAUUCCGUCAACAUUUAUCACAAAGUCAAGAUGACUCACCGAGUAGUUCAUCACGUAAGUUGAGCAACAAAUUUUGACCCACUUUUCAAAACAAACAGUUUUAUUUUUUUCUUCGUCGUUAUCUCUCAAUCACAAAAGUGACGUAUUUAGUAAAUAGUCAUAUAUGAGUUUUGAGAUCACAUCGAAAAGUAUGUAGUUUGUCACGUUAUUUUAUUCUAGUUGGUAGUCCGGAAUUAGAGAGGAUUUAAUAAAAAUAGAGUGGUAUGUUGUUUAUUUUUAGUUUUUAGAGAUUGAAAAUUGGAGAUUUAUCUUUGAACUUCUCUCUCUCUCUCUCUGUUUUUGUGACCUAUACAUUUAUAACGUAUGAAGAUGUUUUGAAAUAUUAUUCUUUAAUCCUGAAUAGAUUUAUAUACUCAAUUCCAAAUGAAAUUCACUCAUCAAAAUAAUUGUAUAUUUUAUAAAAUAUUGUCCCCUUCUUAUAUUCUCCAUCCUCUUAUUCAACAACCAAAAUUCUAUUUUUACUUCCUUUCAAAUGUAUGUAGUUUGAUUUUUCGAAUUAAAGGGGGCAAUUAGAAAUAUUUUUAUGAAAAAAGGAAAAAUAUUACAGUAAUCCUGACAUGAGAAGCUUAUUUAUUUCAACAAGAUUUUCGGAUUUUUGUAGAUUAUCAAUUUUUUAAAUUGAAAAUGUACACAUAUAAGCUUUUGAUGGUUUGGUUUUAAAAUGUGAAUAAUUCAAAUAUCCCGACAAUUUUUUGAACUCGUUUUCAGAUUUGUCAUUAAUAUUUGAAAAAUUAACAAUCUUAAUUCGAAUACAGUUUCUAAAAAUAUAGUAAUUAACAUCUGAAACAUUUUAUGGUUUCUGUAUUAGAUGAGCAAUCAAAUUAAUCUCAUUUCAAAAGGUUCCUCUUUUCAUAAUCCGUAAUCUCAAACCACGCAAUCUAAUGAGUUUAUUGCUCAAAUCUCACCUAUUGAUAAGGUUUCAAAAUCCGUCAUGUUUUCGAUAAUUAGCCAUCGGAUUAUCUUUGAAACAUUCUAGACUAUAAUCUACACUCCAUCCCACCCCAAAUCUUUUUUAUUCUCAAAUAUUUUUUAUUGUUGUCUAAUUUUUUUCCUACAUUUUUUUUUUUUUUUUUGACAAUUGGUGAGUAUGCCCGGAUUUUCGCUUGGAUAGGUGUAGUGGAUAAAGAGAAUAAAUAAUAGAAGAAGCGAGUAAAUGUUCCGUUUUUUUGGAUGGAGCGAAACAAAAAUUGUCUACGUGUUUUUGUUGGGGAUGAUAAUUGUUGAGAUUGCAGAAUUACCCACACCGGCUGGUCCGAUCAACAACAGCGCGUUCCGUUUUUCAUCAUCAAUAUAUGCACCAGAUGUUAUUCGAAGUCUAACUAAUCAGAGGCCGUCUUCACCAUCUCAAAGUAAGAUUAAUUUUCGAAUAUUGAAACUGGAAUAUUGAAAAAAACCUUGUUGCACUUUUAGCUUGAAAAAAUCAGAAAAAUAAAGCAGACACACAUUUUCAAACUAUUGAUUUAUCAUCAAAUCAUUACACAACAACACAUCAAAAAUGUUCUGUGUAGAAUUCGCUCUUUUUAAUUCCAUCAAAAAUAUAUGAUUCCCCCAAAUGUUUUUUGCAGGACGAUCCGACGAAUCAUUGUCGGCGCAUACAAGUGUUGGCGGUAGUUCGAGCAGCUCAGUGUUGUUGUCCGAUUGGGUCGGACAUCGCGUUUUAGCACGGGUUCCGCCUGGUGUUUAUCAACCGGGUUUUAUUAAAAAUGUCAUCAAUCGAGAUGUUAUUGUGCAGUUUGAUGAUGGUCGUGAGGCACGCUACAACAAUGUUAUCAGCGAAGAAAAUUUGACUGUUAUUAUCGCUGAUCAGGCUCCAAGCCCAGCUGACGUAGGUUUUUGAGCUGUUUCUCAAUGUUGUUUACAUAGAUCAAAUAGUUUUUUUUUUCUAAUCUUCUUCCGCUUUUUGAGGAUUCUUCACAUUAAAAUUUAUACGUCGAGAGGAUUACACCCUCGUAAAUUAUCAGAUUAUUAAAAACAACAUUUUAAUAUUAUUAUUUUAUAGCUCAGGGUCGCGAGUAAAACAAUUGUUGCUGUACGCCUACCAUUGGAAAAAGCUGAAACAAUAUUUCGAACUGCUGAAUUUUUAACGGCAACUGGAAAUCCACCAAAAUAUUUGAUUCGUGUUACAACUGCUGAAUACAGUAGUACUGUAUCACGAGCAAAUCUUCGAUUACUUCGUCCACCGUGGUUUGAAGAACUUCCACAUAUGAGAGAAUUCAGGUAAACAAAGCAUUUAAUUGUUUGUUACGAUGAUCAAGAUUACAAAUACUUUUAACCUAUAAUUAUGAUUUCCUACUCAUUUCAAAAAUCUCUAGUUUGAUUUAUUAUUUUUUCCAGUAGCAACCUUUCAACACCUGUGAUGACAUCGCCAAUUAUCGCAAACGGAAAUGGCAAUCAGCAUUUUCCAAUGGAUAAUAAUAUGUUUUUACUUGCAAUACAACAGCAACAAAGGCUACAUCAGUUGCAACAACAACAGCAUCAACAUAAUCACGCGGCUGCGGUUGCGGCAGCAGCUGCAGCCGCAAUCGCAAUAGCAGCAAGUAAAAAUACAGCGUGAGUUUUUUUUGCAUUCAAGGUAUUGAUAUUUGAAAAUAAUAUCAAGAACAUACAACGUAUAAUUAUCAGUAUUGGAAUAAACCUAAACCACACUUUAGUUUAUACCCCACUCUCAGAAACCACCAUUCCUUUUUUUCAUUAAAAAGUCAAAUCAGAAAUCUCUUUUUUUUUCACCAAAAAACCAGCAUAAUGAACAAUUACCACGACAGGUGAAUUAUUUUUUUUCAAAUGUCUUCAAAUGUUCUGUUUUAAUUUUUCAGAUCAACAUCCUCCAAUGCACAACAAACACCUGCCCAAAUCCAACCACCCCCACCUUCAAUAUCAGAACAAUCAAAAUCGAAAUCCCCUGGUGAUGCAAGUGUGACAAUUGAUUCAGAUGAUGAGCAAGGAACAUCCAGUCAGGUGAGAGGAAGAAAAUCAUAUAUUAUUUAGAGAAGAAAAAACGUUUUCAAUACUCUUUAUAAUUAUGACUUUUCGGCUUUUUAUGAGAAAAAAAGAUGAAUGUAAACCACAAAAUUGAUGAGUUGACAUAAUUAGACCAUAUUUAUUUUGUAUUUGUACAAAAUAUGUAUAUCUUUUCUUGUUUUUUGGUUUGCUUUACUAGAAUCUGCAAAAUGUAAAUUUUAAAUAGUUCUUAUUUGUUUUAUUUCGAAAUAUCUGAACUGUGACAAAAAUACUCUAGAUUAACUAAAUCUUCUGAAUUUUUGAGAUUUUAAGUUUUACGUAAAAGAAUAAUCUUUGAGUUUUUCAAUUCUUCAUUUUUUGUUUAUUCACUAUAAAAAAUCUUUUUUUUUUUCGUUCAUUUUCUUUGUAUCCAAUUAGUUUUUUAUCAAAAAAUAAUUAAUAAACUGCGUGUACAGUAAAUUUUGGAAAAAGAAAGUAAAAAUGAUUUUCAGUCAACGUCAACUAUUGAAAUAAAAAACAAAACUCGCCGAGUAAAUCCCAAAUCUUUUGAAAAAUUACGGUAAUCCUUAUGUUAUGCUGCUAGCGGCACUACUAGUAACUAUUCAUUUAUUCAUAUAAAGAAGAUAUUUAUUUUGUUCAGCCUGAACAAAAACCUGACUAACGUCACAUUCUUUUCUUGAUUCCAGAUAUAUUUUGUUUUCAUUUCAAUUGUCUUUCAGUUUGAUUCUCAACAACAAAAACAGCCGUCAACAUCAGCGAUAAACGAAACAACUUCUUGUGCAUCUUCAAGAGGUAUUUUUGUUCCACCCCAAGAUUCUGGUUCCAUUGAAGAUAAUUCGGAUACCAAACCAAUCAUGUUUCCACCGGUCAACACGUCUACUAGUUCUUCAAAAGCAUUAUUAGAUCAGGUUUGUUUUUCAUCCCUAAUUUUAUCAAUGAUGUUUGAUAUUUUUAGCAGCGGUUUAAAAAAGGUGAAAUAGUGACAUCACCUUGUGGAAUUCGAAAAAAGUUCAAUGGUAAACAAUGGCGAAGGUUAUGCUCGAAAGGUGGAUGUAAUAAGGUAGGAUUUCAAAAAGUUCAGAGCCAGAAAAAAAGCGUAGGAAUAAAUUAAAAAUCAUUGUCUGGCAUUUGUUAAAGAACGGGUGAAUUGAAUUAUGCAAAUUAAUAAGAACAAAUAGAAUACGGUUGAAUGUUCACAAAGGUUUUGUGAAGCUGCAUCUUGAAUUUUCAUUUGAAGCAACUUUGUUUAUCUAUCUAUAAACAAGAUUGAAUAAAAAAUAUGUAGUUUUGAGAAUUUUGAAGUGAACAUUUUUGUUAUGUCAUUGAUUUGUGAAUUGAUGUUGGAUAGGCCUAUCAAAAUUUGAAAAUGUUUAUCCUAAAAUACGGUCCUUGUUAAGAAUGACAGGUUUUUGAUUUUAAAACGACUCGAAAUAUCGCGAAAGUAUAGUUAGAAAUUUGUGACGUAAUAAGAAAAUCAUCUGAUAAAGUAUAAUUUUCAAAAGAUUAGUAGGCUUUGAAGGCAUUUGACACCUUUUUUUACUAAAGCUAGAUAAUGUUGUCAAUUGUAUAUACAUAUAUGACUUCAGUUCGACAAGAGUUUCAAAUAUUUCUCACAGUUAGCCCCCUUUUUCAAAUAUUCAUAUUGUCGGAUAAAAAUCUAAUAUUCAUCAUAUGAGAUCAUUGAAUGAGGUAGAAAACACUAAUCCACAAACCCACGCCGAUGACAUAAAAAACAGCGGAAAUUUAAUUAAUCUGUUUUCAAUGUUUCAUUCACCUUCCUUCCUCAUUGUGAUGUUUUUUUCUAUUUAUUUGUUCAAUCAUCCAAAAUAUUUUUUAUGAUUCAAAAAAUCAAAGAGAGCACUCGGUUAAAUGACACAUUUUCGUUCUUCAAAAGUACACUAAAACUACGAAUUAUCUGUCAAUAACCUUUAAUUUUUUGAGAGAGAAAAACAUGAAAUGAAAAAUCUCCGAAAAUAUAAAAACUGUUUUGAAACAUGUGAUUUUUUUCAUCAUCACAAGAUUGUAUUCUAUUCAUUCAAUUCAUUCAUUUUGUUAUGAAUCAAAGUACCGAAGAAAUUGUUUUUUGUUUUUUUUUGUUGUAGUACUGUAAUUUGCCGAAUUCACAAAUGUUAUAGUUUGAUUUCAAUUUUUACAAAAAAAAACUUUUUUCUGCCCACUUGAUUCGAAAAAUGAGAAAAAACGAACAUGAAUUGAAUGAAUUCACUCAUAGCAAAAAAUAUAUGUAAUCUGAUAAGAUUAAUACUGAUUACAUCACGCUAGUGUUUUUGUUUCUGUUCGGAAAAAAAUCGAAUUUUUUCGGAAACCAAAAUUUUCGAUAUCAUUCAAAAUUUGAUAUCACAGACCUUUUCAGUUAAUUUUGUUCAGUUCUAACAUUUUUAUUGAGAUAGAUUAUUAGAUGUAUGAGGGGUGGAAAAUUUAAGGCAAUUUACAUGCAUUUCUCAAUGUACUGUAUAUUUUGCACUUUUUCUGACACCAAAAUGCAUUAUUUGUUUUUAUUGGUUUUUCAGUGAUCUAAAAAGACAUUUCUACGCAGAUUUUUGUAAGAAGUAAUCAAUGUUCGCAAAAUUAUGUGUUGUGCCUUAUGAAAUGCACUUUUUGAGUUAAAGUUCAAGAACAGUUUAUUCUAUUUUCUGAUUCGAUUAAUUAAAUAUGCAAAUUCAUAUUCAUAAUUGGUUUAAUAAGAUAAUAAAAAUCUAUAUAAUCCCUUAAAAAAUUUGUCAUAACUUGGUGUUUUUCUUUCAUUUUUUUUUUCUGUUCUCAAUCCCCAUUUUUUCAGGAAUCUCAACGUCGAGGGUAUUGUUCCCGCCAUCUUUCUCUCAAAGCAAAACCACAACACAGUCAUUUGAUGGAACGAAAUUCGCCAAGCAGUUCAACAGGUAAGAAAGAGUGCAAAAAAUUCUAAAAAAAAAACCUCCGGCAACUAACAAUUAUAUUUGAAAAUUGCAUGAUCAACAAAAAAAAACUACCGUACCUCUUGCCAAUCACAUUCAUUUCUUUAUUUAUUUAUCAUCUUUCACAAAAGGGGGACCAGAGGUGUUUUUUUUUGUUUCAUCAAACAGAUACAUAUUUUGUAUUAUAUUGUUUUGUCAUUGUCUCUUCGUUAAAUUUAGAAGUAGAAGUACAUGAUUCAUUAAGUGACAAAACAUCAGUCUGAAUAAGACUAUUUAACUAUUCAUUAUUCAAUUAAACACUGUCAUACCAAGCUUUUCUAUAUUUUAACUACAAAAAGAAAAAAAAACAUAGAAAAAGCAAUAUCCAGAAUAAUUAUUUUUGUGAUACAUUUUGUUUGUGGGAUGAUUUAAAUUUCCGCUUUCGAGAUGUUUCUAUUUUCAGUUAACUUUUUCAAUUAUCAUUUUUUUUCCCAUUUGAGCGUGAUGAUGUGCGGAUGAUGAUAAAACUAGAUAAAAAGUACUUCGUAGUCAUCCUAAUGUGUCAAAACUAAAAAUCAGUUUUGAGGAAACGAGGAGAAACACAUGUUUUUAGAAUUAAAUGUAGUUUUUCACUAGACUGGAUUUCUCAAAAAAUCUUUUAUGAAAUAGUUGCUUUUUGGAUUCUAUAUUACAAAAAUGAUAGAAUAUCUCGAAACUUAUCUCGGAACGUUAAAAAAAAGUUCAAUUUGAUUUGAGUUUUUUUCAUUUGUGAUUGAGAUUUGGAACAACAUUUGACUUUCAGAUGUUUUCACUAAUUUUUUGAGUAAAAGUUCAUAUUUGAGCUGAUCAGCAGGAUCUUUCAAAUAUUCACAAUUUGGACAAAUUCCCUUUAUUUUGAAAUGUUUAUAAUUUUUUAUAUAACCUUCCCACGCUAAUUUGUUCUUCUAUCCUCACAAUUUCCCAGGAAAUUUAUUGUUGUUGAAAACAUUUUUAUAAGGAAAAAAUACUGUUAUUUACAUUUUUCUAAAACAUUAUUGAUUGUCAAUACCUAAGUUGCCGCCGGAUAACCUUUAACUCAAAAAAAGAAACAGUCUAUUUAUUCACCGUACCUCCUGUUUCUUUAUUACUCAUCAAAUAUUCAUUGUUUUCAUUUCCAACAUAAACAACACUGAAAAUACCACAAGCAAACAAAACCUUUCCCGCAUUAUCAGGUCAUAACAUCAAAAAACUUCAUCCGACACACAUUUGUGUUGUCAUUAGUGAUUCUUAUUGUGAUUAUUAAUAAUAUUAUUUUUAUAAAUAGCAAAGUUUGACUCUUCCUCUUUUUUUUCCUUUUUUUCCAUUUACGUCAAACCGCAACUAAUUAUACAUAAUAUUUUUCAAUGGAUAGAAAUAAAAAAAAUCAAAUGAUAUUAUAAUUUUAUUUCAAUUUGAAUCAUUUGAAAAACGUUUUCCUUCUCUUUCUUCCUCCAUUUUUUUCUGAAAGUUCUCCACUUUUUAAGGAAACAUGUGUGAAAAAAUGAAAGGCAUUUCCGUUUUCAUUUAAAAUAGUCGCCAUUUUUAUUUGGUUAUUUUUUUAGGUAUGGAUUGGACAGAUGAAAGUACACGAACAGAUGUUGCUGAAGUUGCCAACAAAAUAUUGUCUUUAGGACGACGCCCAAAUAGUGAGCUUUUUUCCAUUUUCUUUUCAUUUUUUUUUUCAUUUCACUGUACGAAACGAAAAUUUUCUCGAUUAUUUGUAAUAGUAUUAUACUUUCAACAAAACGAAGAAAAAACUAACAAGAAAAAGAAAAUAAUCAUGCAACAAAAUUGAAAAAUGUUCUAUUGUUGUGAUAGAGUUUUUCUUUUUCUUUUUGUUGAAUACGGCAACAAAAUGAGAAUUUCUUGUAGAAUUAGUCAUGGUGAAGGUGCAGGACGGCAUCGAAACAUAACAAAAACACUAGAGAAAUAGUGAUAAUAAACAAUUGAACAAAACUAUUGAAAUGACAACGAUUCAAUAGGAAUACAUUUUCGUUUUUCUUCGUUUUCUCAUUUUUAUUUUUCAUUUCACAAUUUUUUUCGUUUCCCAUUUUCGUUUUCAGCAAAAAUGAUCUGAAAAAGGAACUUUAUAUUUUUUAAAUAGUCCUAUUGAAUUAUGAAUUUAAUUUGAAAUGAGAGAGUGGGAGUUAGAUUUAUAUAUCUCAAACUUUUAAGAACGUUACAGUACGUUGUGAAUACGCUAAAAUUUUCCAUCAACUAGAAAAACUUCAACUCUUCACUUGAUUCUCAGCUUUUACCGUCAUCCUUUCAAUUGUGAUAUUCUGAAUCAGCUCUUCAUUCAAGGAAUAAAAAACGAUAGAUAUUUUCUGAUUUUUAGACAAUAAUAACUCUCUGACUACAAAUUUUAUUUCUGAUUUAUUAUGAAUUCCAUGAAUAACUACAGUAAUUUCUAUUUUCCCGAAUACUAAUCAUUCAGACCACACUAUUUUUUGAGUCUACGUAUAUCUAAUUAGUUAUAUUAUAUCAUACAAACAUUGUUUUCAGAUCAAAACAAAAUUUGACUUUUUGUUUUACGUAGUUUCUUUUUUGAAAAUAUCACAAACGUAUUUUAACAUCAUUCUAUUUUGAGUUGAAUGAAUAAAUAAAGAAAAACAAAUUAUCGUUCAUACAACCCACACAAAACCAGGUGAAAUUAUUAAAACUUUUAUCUAUCAUAUGAUUUCAUUUCUUUUUUGAGCUUUAAAGGCGGGCUUUUCCUUAUUUAGAAACAUUUUGCUUUUUUUUCAGACAACUUAUUCGGGCGUGCCGACCCUUCAACAUUUCUCCCAACUUCAGCUCCACCUCAAGUUGCUAACACAUCAACAUCAGUAUUUCAAGCCAAACUCAAUCCAUUAUCUGCACCUCCAACAUUGUUAGCUGUUGAUAAAUCUGGUCUUCCCCCACCACCACAGUUUUCAGUAAGUGACACAUUUGGAAAAUAUUUAUGAUAUCUGUUAAAUGACUCUAAAAAUUUGUCUUCUUUUGCUACAAAAUUUUCAAAAUUGUAUUGUCAAAAAAUAAGAAAAUCAGAAUCAUAAUUUUUUCUCGGAUUCUGAAAUUGAUUUGAUUUGCGUGUUUUUCUAGUACUCAAAAGUGAUUCUUUUUUUUUUGAAAAUGAGUUCAGUGAACAUUUUUUCUAUAAUUACGGUAAUGACGUAUGCAAUGAGAGAAGCUGGGAAAAAUAGAGAAAGAAUACGUGUAGUAUCCGCAGGAAAUUACUACGGAUGUGCAAUUUUAGAUUGAUACUAACAAGUUCAAUGCACUUUUUUUAAAUAUUCGUUUGUCUAUCUUACUGUAGUCCAACCCAUUUACGGAUUUUUUUUCUGGUUGAUAAAACUCGUAGCAUAAAACUUAGAUCAAAAGAAAAGGUAUGUUUUUUUGAACAUGUUCAUUAUCCUUACCUCCCCAGAGACAUAUUAUCUGAAAACAAAUUCUGAUUUUAGUCCGUGAGUUUUGUUUUUGUCCUUUCUUUUGUUCUAAUCAAAUUAUAUUUUCUAUUUGAAAGUACAGUACACAUUUAAAUAAGAUUGAAAAGAAAAAACCAAUGAAAUUGCAAUUCUGAAAUCCGAGAAAGAAUUAGAAAAAAUUCUCACGACUUUUCGAUCCACACUCUCACUUCAAAUUCAGCUGUUUUCGAUUACACAUGCUGAUUUUUCCUCUUCUUGUUUCACUUUUCCUGUUUAAAUUAUUUAUGAACAUACUUUAUAUAUAUGUAUGGGCGUUUCAGAUUUUGUCUUCAAGUGUUAAAGUUGAAUUUUUUUUUGAUUAUGAUGAUAAACACGGAGAAAAUGAGAUAGAGAGAUGCAGAGUGAGAGAGAAAAUAGAGGGGGCUUUUUUUGUGAAUGCUUGAAAAAAUGUCCGCUGCGAAAUGGCCUUUUCAAGAAAUCCGAUACUCAAACAUUGCUUUCUAUUAAAAUGCGAUCUCGCUGUGCUCCUAGUUCUUUUUUCCCCCAUUUUUUUAUUCCAAACAACAUCCUCCGCAUUAUUCGAAACUACCCCGAAACAUUUCAAAAAUUGCUCAUUUUUCAGGUCGAAAGAGCACAACAACUUCAACAGUUGAUGCAACUUGGCAACGUGCCACAUUUCUCACAACUUCAUCAAUUGUUUCCUCAACUCAUGCAAGUUCCACCAGGUCGACGAAGGUUGGAUGAAAUGUCAUCAGCAAUAACAACAGCUGCCAAUACUGUUUUUUGUCCACCAUUGUCUUUGCCAAAUCCGAAUGCCAAUAUUUUUCCACUCAAUCCGGCACUGAUCUCUCAAAUGGCUGCACCAUUAAUACAACAACAGGUUAUUUUUUGAGAAAUAUUUUUAGAGUCACCAGAUUUUCUUUUUAUUUUCAAAAAUAACUUUGUCAGAAGAAGAUAAUUCUUUGAAAUCUCGAUUAGGCCUCACACAAGCAUUUAACGCCUCCGAAAAAUGUACUAUUUCUAAAACAAGGAAAUGAAAUUGGUUUACAUUAGGAUUGUGUAACAAGAUAUUUUUAAGGCAUACUAGUUUUAUUACUAUUAGAGUUGUAUUUUCAUCAUCAGAGAAGUUAUAAUUUUUUUGAAGAACACAAGGCAUUGGCAAUAUUUUAAUUGUUCUGUUCUUGUUUAUCAGAAUAACAUAUCAAAUCUCAAUUCUAAGCAAUGUAGUGCUUCUGAUUAUAAAAAAGUUUUAUAACAGAUAAUAUAUAUUUUUAAACAAAAAAAAGGAUAAUUUUAAAAUCAACAUUUCAGUUAAUCAAUAUUUGAUUUUCUUCUUCAAUCGCAUACUAAUUUUUCCAGGCGCAAGCAAUGCUUCAACAACAAUUGGCUCAACACAGUCAAAGCAAUAACAACAAUGUGAAACAAGAAAUGAGAGAAGUAAAAGAAGAGGAAGAAGAAGAAAUGGAUGAAGAUCAAGAAGAAGGUACAGAAGACAGUGAUGGUAAUUCUUAAUUCUAUAUUUAUAUCUAACUUCAAUUUCAUUUUUAGAUGUGAGUGUUUGUCAGAAAACCGACUAUCGAUCAGAUGAUGAUGAUAGUCCUGGAGGUGGUGGAAAUGCGGCGUCAUCGUCAUCAUCAGGCGCAAAUCCUAACGGGUCUAGUUCAAGUACGUAAAUUUUUUCUUGAUUCCUCAUAAUUUUUUCAAAAAAUAUGGCGUUUCACGCCUUUUUUUUCAUUUAUCACAAAUUUCUUUCAGAUAAAUCAGAUAAUCUUCAACUUUUGACGUUAUCCUCAUAAAUCUUAUAAAAAAAUAUAGAGAAAUCCACAAAUUUACUAUUUUUCUUCCCACUCAUUUGAUAGAACGAUUUUCUGCUCUCUGAUAGAACAAAACAACUUUUUCUUACUAUGUCUUUUCAGGAGAAUUUUUAUGAAUUAGUUAUGUUUCCAAUCAAAUUAAUUGAGAAUUUUUUGUUGCAGAUUUUCAAAUUAACGACGAAGGCGGUUCCGGCGACAAUAAUAACGAUAACAAUCCAUCUUCAAGUUCGCACAACUCUGCAAAUCAAGAAGACGAAAAAGGUAAGUAAAAGAAACAUGUAGUAAAAUGUUGCUAUGAUCAGAAGUUGACAAAUCCCUAUCCGAUUACAUAUGAAGUAUUAGGUGGGCGAAUAUAAAGCGCUGUGAUUUUAAAAAUUCAUAUAUUCGUAUUUUUGGUGUCUAAAAAAACAAAGAUUAUUUGAUAUAUAAAAACAGGUGAUCUCUAAUCAUUUUGCUUUAUUUCCUGUAGUCCUUCAGUAAAAAUAGAUUUUUCAAAAAAGUUCUAAAGCGUAGGUAUUCCCGUAGUAAUUCAAAGUUCAGAUGUUUGAAAACGUGUUAUUUCAAGGUUUAGGUAAGUUCGAACUCAAAGUGUGUCUCAAGUCAGAAACAAUGAAUUCUGAUUGUUUCUAGACAUAUAAGUUAUUUUCAAAGUUUUUUCUGAAACAUUUUCCAAUUACUUAAAGAGCGAAUUCUUAAUUCAUUUUUCAGCUAAUUCUAAAAUAUCAUCAUAAUUUUCAUUGAACGUCAUAAAAGUCAACAUCAUUCAUAAACGUUCGCACAUUUUCCAAAAAAAAAUAAAAAGAUGAUCGUUUUAUCUCGACUCCAAUUUGUUUUUCAUUCAUUUUUCUCUUUCCCAAAACAUCCAUCCUUCAAUCAAAACAUUUCAAAGUUCAAUAAUUUCCAGAAGAAUUCAGUCAAUUAUCAAUUGAAACACACGAUAUGAAUGUGCCAUCUCUACCAUCACAGGUAAACUAAAAAUUAUUUGUUUAGGAAAUUCUAAAAUGAAACAUUUUCAGCCUUCUUCAAAUUCAAUAGCAAGUGUGAAUUCUGCAUUCAGAUCUCCAGUUUCUCAAGGUUGGAGAACAUUUUGAAAAUAAUACAUAGUAAAUUUUUUUAGUAAAAAUGGAAUUGAAAGAUGAAGAUGAAAUGCAACAACAACAGAAUAAAGAUUUUUGCGCUGAAAUCAAGCAAGAUCCAUCUCUUUUGUUCAAAGAGCGAAGACGGUCAAAAACAUCAAACGCAGAUCAUGUGAGACGUCCGAUGAAUGCUUUUAUGAUAUUUUCCAAACGCCACAGACCUUUGGUACACCAAAAAUUUCCAAAUCGAGAUAAUCGAACAGUUUCGAAAAUUCUUGGUGAAUGGUGGUAUUCAUUGGGUGCUGAUCAGAAAGCAGAAUAUCACAAAUUGGCGACACAAGUCAAAGAAGCACAUUUCAAAGCACAUCCUGAUUGGAAAUGGAGUAGCAAAGAAAGAAAAGGUCGGACCGAUUCAGCAAGUUCUACACCAGCUGCAUCGACACCCAUCAAAAAUACAAAUGUCUUCGAUUUUGAUCUUCAACACGCUGAUAGUCUUGCAAAAGCUUUUGUUGAUGGAACGGCACUUCUCAGUCCAAUGACACCAAUGACACCAACAUCCAGAAACUUUUCAAGAGAAUCUGCGCAUCAAUUUGAUCUAUCAAGUUUGCCACUUCUCAGUCCGAGUUUGUCCACAAUUUCGAUGGGCUCAUCAAGCAUUUCGUCAUCUCCAGCAACAUUUGAUUUCGAUUCAUAUAAAUCAAAUGUAAGUUUUUUUUGCUUGACGGUUCAAAUUCUGUCCCUGUGCCUGUUGUUUCAAUAACGUGUGUUUUUUCAAGUUUUUUCCACUUGUCAACCGCUCGUUCAACUUACCAACUACCCAAGAAUUCUACUCACCAUCAUCUUCAGCCUUUCGUGUUUUGGUGUGUUUUUUUUAAUUGCUAAAAUGUCUCUGAUUUCAUUUUCCUUCCUUGUUUUAGAACAAUUCAAUGUUGCCUGAAACAGUAGCAUCUUCUCCAUUGGCCAGUAUUCCAAUGCAAUUUUUCUUGAGAAAUCAAGGAUUCAUUUCACAAGUAAGAAUUUUCUGAAUUUAGGAAUUGAUUUAAUUUUGGUUUUGAACUCAAUCAUAUUCUAACUGCUUUUUCACCCACUUAUGACUAAUUCUUAGACACUUCCUGAACCAAUUGCUAUGUUACCUCAACUCCAAGAAAAAUUGGAAAGCGUUUCGUUUGCUGAGAAAAUUCAAACUUCACCAAAUAUUGAUGUGGUUACACCAACAGCAGAUAUCAUAAGACCAAUUCCACAAUUCCUACAACCACAAAAAGAAUUCAUUUUGCAACCAACUCCAGCUCAAAGAGGAAUCACAAAAGGUAACAAAAAAGAAUGUUUCGCAGCGAGCAGGGUUCGAACCUACGCGGGCAAUGCCCAAUAGAUUUCAAGUCUAUCUCAUUAACCACUCGGACAUCGCUGCAUGUUUCAAUGAACACUAGAUAGAAUGAAAUGUUUGAAACAACAAAAAAAACUCUGUUUCUUUUCUUUUCAUUUCUCUGCUUCACUUCAUAUUUGCUUUCAUUUUUUAGGACAAAAACGUUCAUUGCGAGAUGAUAAUGAAGAUGGGAAUAAUUCUUCGAAGUUGUUUAAACGAGAUGAUCAGCAAAUGGAUCAAGUGUUGGAUCGAGUUGGAUUUUCACAAAAGUUCGCCAAACUUCCAGAAUUCACACCAAUUGUAAGAAAACACUUUAACCACUUACUACUCAUCACACAAUACUUGAUAAUUUAGAACUCUGCGCCUUUAUUGACACACGAUAUUGUGCCGGCAUCACCAUCCUUGCCAUCACCUUUCACAACACCCGGGUGUCCGCCAGCGCACACUGUUUUCUUCGGAGCCAAUUUUAAUCCAAACUGCUUUUUAGAUCAGGUAGAAAUAUAAUAAUUUUUAUGAUAGAAAUCUGAAUUCACGAAUAUUUCUUAGACACAAAAUGUUUCAACACCAAAAGCUAUUCACAGUUCUGAAAAAUCGGCAACUAAAAAAUUAUUGGAAGAACGACGAAGACUUGUUUCACAAUUUUUGAUUGGAUCUGGACUUUUCCCAAACUGUUUGUUUUAUUUUUCUUCUCAGAAAUUCGGGGAACAAUAGUUAUUUUUCUAGCAUUUGAAACUGACAAAUUCCAACGAGAUCAUCAUGACAUAUUUCCAACAAAAUCCUCACUUGUUUUGAAAAUACGCGAAGUUCGACAAAGAUUGAUGUCAAAUGGCACCGAAUAUAUUGUUGAUGAAAAAUGUAAAUCAGGUGAGCUUGGGAACAAUUAAAGGCAUGGGAAAGUAGUUAUGCAAUAUGAAUAAAAAAGCCUAGAGUGAAUAAGUUUAAUAGAGAAACGGGUAUUUUAUAUUGAAAAAAAAAACAAUGAAAUUGCAAUAUCCUUAAUUCUAACGUAUUUUUUCCUAAAUAACAUAUAAACCUGACCGAGCCAGGAUUAGUGAUGACUUCAAAACAAUUUUUGAAAUUUUCCAGCAAUCUAUGACAAAUAUCCAUUAUCUGAUAGAAUGGAUAAACAAACAAAUAGCAACACAGCAUUUUCAACUUCUUCUGAUUUGGUGGAUAUUGGUGUUUGA